AGAUACAUGCAGGUUUAUGGCGUCGAGCUUGGCGCACUUGGCGGAGAACCUCACCUCCGCGAACUUUGAUAAGUUUCGCGAAGUCACGAAAGUGUUCGCCCCGUCGGAGAUGGAGUUGGUCACGCGGAAAGGCAUAUAUCCGUAUGAAUAUACAGAUUCGUGGGAUAAAUUGGACGCUACGUCGCUACCGGAUAAGUUCCAAUUCUACAGCGCGUUGACGGAAACGCACGUGAGCGACGAGGAUUAUAGUCACGCGGCCAGGGUCUGGAAUCAUUUCGGCUGCACCUCACUCGGCGCUUAUAGCGAUUUAUACCUUAAAGUCGACGUGUUGUUAAGCGCCGACGUGUUCGAGAAUUUCAGGGAUAUAUGCAUGACCACGUAUCACCUGGACCCUGCUCAAUACUACACGUUGCCCGGAUUCAGUUUUGACUGCAUGUUAAAGUUCACGAAAGUUCAACUUGAACUUUUAACUGAUUUCGAGAAAGUUUUGUUUUUGGAGUCUGGUACACGCGGUGGUCUGGUGCAGGCGAGCAAGCGCCACGCGCGCGCCAACAAUCUCGAGACGCCUGGAUACAAUGCCGACGAACCUAAAACGUCACUCAUAUACUUAGAUGCAAAUAAUUUGUAUGGUUUUGGGAUGUGCAAAUAUAUGCCGAUUAGCGAUUUUUCGUGGUACCCGGGGAACCCGGAAGUUGCACUUGACCAGCUACAGUGGAUGCGCGAGACGGACGAUGUGGGUAGAAUUUACGAAGUCGACAUCUCGUAUCCUCAACACCUACACGACGCCCACAACGAUAUGCCGUUCCUACCGCACGCUAGCAUACCACGCGGGUCCACUGUGCGAAAGUUGAUGGUGACAUUUCUGCGAAAAGAACACUACGUGGUUCAUUAUAUGAAUUUACAACAAGCCAUGGCCCACGGCGUCGUGUAGUAGAAAAAGUGAUUAUUAAUAUUAUC